UUCCUCUUCCGGUCUGGCAUGCUUCUCCUACCUCCUCCUCUUAAACACUGUUACGAUUUUAUAAUUAGGGUUUGCAGAUUCCUCGAUAUUUCCUCCCCUUCCUUAAUUUAUUCUUGGAAAAAUUCCUGAUUCCGCGAUUGUUAGGUGAGAUCAGAUUUGAUUUCGGAUUCGGUUGAUUCAUCAAUGGUGCAGUUGAUGAGCUCGGGGAAUCAUGGGCCGGAUCGCGACACAUCCGCCUGCCGGGACAAGUUGCCGGUGAAGCUGGAGAUCGCCGAGGACCCGUUGGAAGAAGAGUACGGCCCUCUUGACAAGCGAUCCAAAGCUGAUACCAAUCUUCAUCAGGUGCAGUGGAAUUCUGAUAGCAAUGGGUUCCCAAUCCCGCCAUCGCAAUACAACCCACUGGAAGAGCCGAGUCCUCUGGGUUUGCGGCUGAGGAAGAGCCCUUCACUCUUGGAAUUAAUCCAAAUGCGCCUCUCUCAAUCUCAGGGCGCCGUAUCAGAUGAAAAAAAUGAAAAUUUCUGCCCCGUACAGAAGAAGGAGACGAAAUCCAUAGCCACCACUGACAAGCUAAAAGCAUCUAAUUUCCCUGCUUCCAUCCUCAGAAUCGGCAGUUGGGAGUACAAGUCAAGGUAUGAGGGUGAUCUGGUAGCCAAAUGUUACUUUGCAAAGCAUAAGCUUGUAUGGGAAGUUCUUGAAAAUGGGCUCAAGAGUAAGAUAGAGAUACAGUGGUCAGAUAUUAUGGCCAUAAAGGCCAACUGCCCUGAUAAUGGACCUGGGACAUUGAAUGUUGUGCUUGCUAGGCAGCCUCUCUUUUUCAAGGAGACUAAUCCGCAGCCAAGAAAGCACACCUUAUGGCAGGCAGCAUCUGAUUUUACAGAUGGUCAAGCUAGCAAAUACAAGCAACAUUUUCUGCAGUGUCCUCAAGGAAUGCUAAAUAGACAUUUUGAAAAACUCAUCCAGUGCGAUAUGCGUUUGAACUUCUUAAGUCAACAGCCAGAGAUAACAUUGGAUUCACCGUGCUUCGAGUCAAGAACUUCUAUUUUUGAGGACCCUAGUGAAUCCAAGGGCCAGGAUCUUGGCCAGGUGAAUACUGGUAAAGGCACUAGCUCUGGGUUCCAGAAUUUAGCAUCACCAGCUCCAGCUCAGUCAUCUUCUUUAGAGAUUGAAAAUGGUGAUUCUACUGGUGUAACAUCAGAACCAGUGUCUCGAGAAGCUCCAUCUCCUAGCUCAGUGAUGGACACUGUUGCAACCGAAGGCAGUGGAAUUUGUGAAGCAGUGGAUUCUAAGGGACCAAGGGAUUGGGACCAGAUAAUAGUUCCAGGACUUCACCCAUCAAUGUCCAUGAGUGAUCUUAUAAACCACAUUGAACAACAGAUGGUCUCUGGAAAUCCAUCCUCUGAAAAUACAUCAGAACGCCAGGAAAUGCUUGAGGAGAUUGCACAAUACCUUCUAAGUGACACUCAAUUUACAACAGCUUCUGAUGAAAAAUCACUCAUGUCAAGGGUCAAUUCUCUUUGUUGCCUUUUGCAAAAGGAUAAUACUGCAGGUGCAAGCUUUCAGGUUACUGGAGAAGGCUAUAAUGAUCAACCUGAUGAUGAAGAUGUUUCCCAGCUGCAUGGCAGUUCUGAGUCAAUGCUUGAUAACAUAAGUAAGGUUGAUAUCAAGGCUUCUGAAGGGGACACGAAGGAUGCAUCUUGUAGCAAACCAGUAGCUGGCAUGUCAAGGAAAGAUUCAUUGGGUGAUUUCCUGAUUCAUCUCCCUCGAAUUGCAUCUCUACCGAAGUUCUUGUUUAACAUUUCAGAAGAAGAUGGUCAGAGUCAAGCAAGAUAGUCUUAUCGUUCUUCAAUUAUUUAGGUGAUAAAUUGGUUCCUCAAUCUGUAUCAAGUGAUUGGAAAGCUUUCCGUUGUUUGUCUAGUAUAUAUAUCUAAUGUCUGUGGAGAUAUGCUUUGUUUUGUUUAAACCUGGGACGUACAGGGAUUCAGAAAUUUCUUUUGAUGACGAAUCCCAGCACAUUCCAUGUGAAAAAUCUUAGUAGGGGUUGUAGCAAAAUUUGUUUCAAGAGAUUAUGAGUACGGGUAAAGGACAGAUGGGAAUUCCGAAUUUGAAUAAAAAUCCUGUUGGCAA